CCCCUUGUCGCGGAUUUGUGGGUCCUCCGUCCUGCCAUCCCGCGUCAUUCCGAACGCGUUCAUCGGCUUAAACCCACCAUCUUCACAUUCUCUGUCAGGUCGUUCAUCCAAGCCCACUGCCAACCAACGCGACUUGAUUACUGAGAAUCCUAAGCCCAAUUCGAAUAGCCCGCUAUCUCUACUGGGAUUCUUGAACUACGCCGCCGGUAGAUAGCCGGACCCGCCAUGGCCGCUCCUUCAACCGGAGGUCAUACCUGUGCUAUUUGCGGGAAGCAGUAUCAAAGAAGUGCUCAUCUACGCCGGCACGAAUCCACACGUAGGCAGUCUCCUUGUUUCCUCUCUUCGUUUCUUCAUCCUUUCGGUAUUGCUUCUUUUGUGUCAACAAUUUACCCCUUUGAUCAUACAGCCUGUCCUAUUCCGGGCGAUCUCGCCUACUUCCCACCCGACAGUGAUGACUGCCCGGAUUUAUCGGUUGUCAUUAUCAAUGUAUUACGUAGAAUCGGCUAGG